GAGCGGUACCGGAGGGCCCUGGCAGACUCCGAGAACGUCCGGAGGAGGACGCAGAAGUUCGUGGAAGACGCCAAGCUCUUCGGGAUCCAGAGCUUCUGCAGAGAUCUCGUGGAGGUAGCCGAUAUCUUGGAGAAGACUGCCGAGAGUGCCGCAGAGGAAACGGAGCCUAGUAAUCCGAAUCCAACCCUGAAGAAAAUCUACGAAGGCCUCUCUCUGAUAGAGGCCAAAUUGCAAAGUGUGUUUGCCAAGCACGGCCUUCAGAAGAUGAACCCUGUUGGUGGCAAAUACGAUCCGUACGACCAUGAAAUAGUCUGCCACGUGCCCGCCGAGGGCGUGCAGCCGGGCACCAUCGCGCUGGUGACUCAGGACGGUUACAAGCUCCACGGCCGCACCAUCAGACACGCGCUCGUCGGCGUGGCCGUGGAGUCACAGGAGUGACAUGGGCUUGCCCGUUGGCACCUGGGACCUUACUGAGCUGAGGGUACCCCUCAGCACUCAGCCACAGCUGCAGCUGCAUGUCUUUAUUUAUUAAG